AUGGCCAAGAGAAAGAGAAACGAUCCUCCCAAGGAGGAAAAGUCCACCGAAUCCCCUUCCAAGACCGUCAAAUCUGCUCCGACUCCAUCGCAAGCUCCAGAUGCAGCUUUGACCAUCCAAGUGAUCACGGGUUCCUAUGAGCGAGUACUGCACGGUUUCACGGCCGGCAUCCCCGCAUCUGCUGUGCAGUCAAAGAAGGAGGCUUCGAAGGACUCGAACGACUCCAUUCAAUGUGUCGACACUUUCUUGUUUGAAGCCCAUGGAUCCGCUAUUCGCUGUCUGGCUCUCUCCCCAUUGCCCAAGCCUACCGACAAGGGAGAGGGACAAAAGAUCAUUCUGGCCAGUGGCUCAACCGAUGAGCGCAUCAACCUCUACUCGAUUUCCGCUGCGCCGCCCGCUGUGAAUGAUGAUUACCCCUCAGUGCCUACUCUGGCCGGAAAUAAAAUCCUCGAGAACCCCAGGAAUCGUGAGCUGGGAGCUUUGUUACACCACUCCGCUAGUAUCUCGGCCCUGAGCUUCCCCUCACGCAGCAAGUUGCUUGCUGCUGGAGAGGACAAUGCCAUUUCAGUCUCCAAAACUCGUGAUUGGAGUGUCGUCUCAACCAUCAAAGCCCCACGUCCCAAGAUUCACGGCCGGCCCAGCGGUGAUACAGCACCCGAGGGCGGCGCUCCGGCGGGGGUGAACCACUUUGCUGUGCAUCCUAGUAUGAAGCUGAUGCUGAGUGUUGGAAAGGGAGAGAAGUGUAUGAGACUGUGGAAUCUUGUUACAGGUAAAAAGGCCGGUGUGUUGAAUUUCGAUCGGGAUCUACUACAGAGCGUCAGAGAAGGAAAAUGGAGCAAGGGAGAGGGUCAACGCAUUGCCUGGAAUACCGCUGGUGAAGAGUUCGCUGUGGCUUUCGAAUGGGGAGUGGCGGUAUUUGGAAUUGACUCUACUCCCAAGUGCCGAGCUCUCCCUGCCCCACGAAGCAAAGUUCACCAGAUGAAGUAUGUUUCACGGCCUGUAGGAGACGCAACCGAGGACUUACUGGCUGUUUCUACCGAGGAUGGGCGUGUUAUCUUUUAUUCGACCGAGGAACUACAGAAGGCUGAGGAGGAUGAUGAAUCGACCAUUCCCUAUGCGACUCCUGUGGCUCAAGUCGGUGGAAAACAGGCCGGCUUUCCCGGGCGCAUCAAGGAUUUCGAGGUUUUGAGUCUAGCGGAUCAGCCGAAAGAGGUUCACGACGGGGUUGUCGUCGUCACGGGUAAUAGUGAUGGUGUGGUUCGCAUCUGGAACGUGGCCAGCAAAGAGCUUGUGCCAGCCAAGAAGUCUAAGGGCCAGGAUACCAUUCCCCAAGUUGGGAACCUUUUGACAACCUAUGAGACUGGAAACCGCAUUACAUGUCUGGCAUCCUUUGUGAUGCUGCCGGCGGAGGACCCAGAUACGCUGAUUGACUCUGAGGAUGAGGAGGAAUUUGAGGAGCUCAGUGAUGAUGAUAGUGAUGACGAGUAA